AUCACACAAUAUGAUUCCCUGUUGUUUAUUUCAGAUGAAGGCGUUGAUAAUCUUCCUAUGUGGAAUGACUCUAGCUGCCGCCACCCUCACCUGGGAUGAAUUUAAGACUGAGUUCGGCAAACAGUACAAGGAUACGGAAGAGGUCAACCAACGGAGGAGGAUCUUCGAAGACAACCUCAAAUACAUCGAGGACCACAACAACAAGUAUGAGAGGGGUGAAGUGACCUUUACGAUGAAGAUAAACAAAUUCAGUGAUAUGACUCCUGAAGAAAUGAGAUCUAUGCGUGGCUACAGGAGGCCGUCUGAGGCUCAAGGAGCUGGUGGACCUGGAGAACUGUAGCUUACUCUGGGUUAUAUCUACGAGUCUUGGAGGCGUCCGGAAACUGUCUCGGAAAACUGACGAAUGAAUAAAUGUUUAAACUCUU